AUGGGCAAAGGAUUUACGGGGCGGGCUUCGCCGCAAGCCCGCUGGGCAAACCCGCGCCAUAAGCCCGUUAAUCGCCGCAAUUCAGCCCGCAUAGAUGAAGCAGCGCUACGCGGCUUGCCAACGGGGCCCAGCGGCGCCGCAGAGCCCGCAAAAAGAAGGGGUACGGGAGAGAGAGGUCCGGGUUCGAGCGGUCGAGGCGGCGGCGCCGUCGAGGCCGUCCGCUUGCGCGCGGGUGUAGCACGCUCUAGCCAUGGCAUCACCGUCCGCUUGUGUGCCGUCGCCACUGGUUGCCGGCGGAUCCACGCCUUCCCUCCUCAACCACGCCCCCUUCACCGCCUUCGAGCUCAUGGUCUCCACCUUCCCUGUCGCCCGGAGCAUGGUUCCUGGCUUCUCUCCUGCUGCCAUCACUCCUACGGUCCUACCUUUGUUGCGGCACCCAUCCCCUCCCAGAUACGGUCCUCGAAUUUUGAUGCUCCCGCUAGCAAGGUUGCUCUUGCCUCCGUUGGUCAAAUCUUGCAACUGUUGGAAGGAGGACCACGGUUCUCCAUGUUGUGGUAUAGAUUAGCUUAUUAUCACUUUGGUGGCCAUAAGAGAGAAAGAGUGCUUGAUGUCACUUAGGAGAGGCUGAGGAGCUUAUCAUCACUCUGGUGGCCAGUUGCUUAUGAGUUGAUUGCAGUGUGAAAAUCAUGCAUAGCUGUCUCCACGUAGCUUUUAGCUUUUAGCUGAAAAUGUCAAGAAAAUCAUCCAUAGUUCUCCCACUUUCUAUAGAAUGUUGAAUUAGCACAUCCUGUAGUGAGGGGUUGAUUCAGAGGUUCAUUCGCAGAUGCUUUCUAUUUAGUUGUACCUAUAUAUAUUUACUGUUUGAUACCACUUUAUCUACCUAGAACUUGUUAUACAAUUCAUUUUGAUUUGCUGU